AUGCAGACCUCCAUGCGCGGAAGUGGGCUGCGGAGUCACUUUAUGGGUGCUCAGAGGGCAUCGCUCGUGCGCCCUGUCGCCGCCAGCCGCACCAGGCAGCAGGUGGCCACCCAGGCCCUCUUCGGUUUUGGCGCAAAGAAGGAGGACGCUGGCGCAGCCCCCAAGCUCUACAUCUGCAUCCAAUGCGGCUGGAUUUACGAUGGGGACUUCCCAAAGGCCCCUGGCUCCUUCAAGUGCCCGGCUUGCCAGGCCCCCAAGUCCAGGUUCAAGAUCUACAAGGGCAAGCUCUCCGGCAAGGUCAGCAACACCGGCGCCGCCAUGAAGCAGCGCUUCCAGGCUAAGCAGUGGUGA